UGGCUUCCAGGCUAUCCUUGCUGCAGUCAAUAUUACCAGAGGCUUUAUCCCCCAUUGCAUUCAGUAUUUAUAAAAAAUAAGAAAUAUGAAAUCCUCUUUUGCCCUCCGUGUUUAUACCUUGGCAUUGUAACAGAAAGUUGCAAGAUUCUUCAUUUUAUUCCUGAAUGGAAACUGGAAUCCAUACUUUGAACUCAGGCUGCUUUGGAGGCACCAAGGAUUUUGAAUCUAAACAACAAUAAAUAUUUCUCUGGACCUUAUGGGGAGGAUGUUGUCUUCAUUGCCAAUGAUUGGCACACUGCUCUUCUUCCAUGUUAUCUGAAGACCAAGUACAAGUCUUCGCAUGUUGCAGUUAUGACAAGCCUGCCAAGGGAAGGAAAAUUAACUGGAUGAAGGGUGGAAUAUUAGAAUCAGACAGGGUCGUAACAGUGAGCCCAUACUAUGCCCAGGAACUUGUUUCUGGUAUAGAUAAGGGUGUGGAAUUGGAUAACAUCAUUCGUAAGACCGGUAUAACUGGUAUUGUCAAUGGCAUGGAUGUCCAGGAGUGGAAUCCAUCUAUAGAUAAAUACAUUGAUGUCAAAUAUAAUGCCACAACUGUCAUGGCUGCAAAGUGUCUUUUGAAGGAAGCACUUCAAGCAGAAGUUGGGUUGCCUGUGGACGCAAACAUCCCCUUGAUCGGAUUCAUUGGUAGACUAGAAGAGCAGAAAGGCUCGGAUAUCCUAGCGGCUGCCAUUCCUAAAUUCAUUAGAGAGAAUGUUCAGAUUGUAGUUCUUGGCACUGGCAAGAAAUACAUAGAGAAGCAGCUAGAACAGCUUGAGAUAAUAUAUCCCGACAAGGCCAGAAGAGUGGAAAAAUUCAACGUACCCUUGGCCCACAUGAUUAUUGCUGGGUCUGAUUUUAUGUUGCUCCCUAGUAGAUUUGAACCUUGUGGUCUCAUUCAGUUGCAUGCCAUGCAAUAUGGAUCGGCCACACCUUUACUUCUGACAGUGGCAAUUAUUGAGCUCAGUGAUAUUGCAUUCACAGUUGACUCUAUACCAGCAGUUUUUGGUGUUACUCGAGACCCUUCCGUAGUUUUCACAUCUAAUUUCUUUGCCAUCUUAAUUUAUGUUUUGAUGCAGGCAUAUAAACCAGUGAAGACUACAAAUUUAAUGCUAAGACAUGAUUUUUAG